CCGCAAUGAAUACAUUAAUGGGUCCCUUAAGUAAUUCAACUGUCCGCGUCGUGGGUGUGUCAGGUCAAACAGAGGAAAGGGCAUUCUUGCGUCCACUGGAUAUUAAAUUUAGGGGAAAGCAAUUAGAUCAUCAAUUUCUUUACAUGCCUAAUAGCCCGGAAUGUUUACUGGGGAGAGAUUUGUUGUCUUCCCUGCAAGCCAAAAUUGUGUUUGAAAAGGGUAGGGUCAAAUUAGAGAUUCCAGAAGAAAAUGUGGCACAGAUAUUUACUGUAAAUGAAAUAGAAACAGAAACAAUUCCUCACGAAAUAGAACAAGCAGUGGUCCCUUGGGUGUGGGAGGCUGGAGCUCCAGGAUUAUCCAAAGCAGCAACCCCAGUAGUAAUAGAGCUCAAAGAAGGAGCACAGCCAGUACAGGUAAAACAGUACCCAAUCAGUUUAGAAGCAAGAAGAGGGGUAGCACCUUUAAUCAAACAGUUUCUAGUUCUUGGAAUAUUACAAGAAUGUGAAUCAGAAUUUAAUACACCUAUUUUUCCAGUCAGAAAACCUAACGGAAAAUACAGAUUGGUACAAGAUCUACAGGCGGUCAAUUUGUUAACUAAAGACAUUUACCCUCUCGUAGCCAAUCCCUAUACCCUGUUAACAUCUGUCUCUGAGAAAUUCCAGUGGUUUUCAGUAAUAGAUCUGGAAGAUACCUUCUUCUGCAUCCGAUUGGCACCAGAAAGCUGGCACCUUUUUUUUGCCCUUGAGUGCCAAGAUCCCGACACUGGAAGGAAAAGACAACUCACCUGGACGCGGCUACCCCAAGGGUUCAAAUCCUCGCCUACAAUAUUUGGUAAUCAAUUGGCAAAGGAACUCGAAUAUUGGAAGACAACUCAGCUGAGUUUCUCAGGUCCACACAGGAAGAGGGAGUCCUGGAACAUGACUGCAUGGAGACUAUCGAGCAUGUCUAUGCAAGUCGGAAGGACUUGAAAGAUGAACCGCUGGAAAAUCCAGAUUGGGAACUGUUCACAGACGGAUCGAGUUUUGUGGAAAACGGAACCAGGUAUGCUGGGUACGCGGUAGUUACUUCACAGGGGAUUGUAGAAGCAAAACCACUGUCCCCAGGAACAUCCGCACAGAAAGCUGAAAUUUGGGCACUGGUGAGAGCCCUGAAUCUGAGUCAAGGGAAAAGGGUGAACAUAUGGACUGACUCUAAAUAUGCCUUUGGAGUAGUCCAUGUACAUGGGGCACUGUGGAAGGAAAGAGGGCUACUUACUUCCCAAGGCUCAGCCAUAAAGCACCGAGACGAAAUACUACAACUCCUGGAAGUCAUACAUCAACCAGCAGCCGUAGCAAUAAUGCAUGUGAAAGGACACCGGCCUGAUUCAGGACCCGAGUCUCAAGGGAACAGACUGGCAGAUCAGGCAGCUCGGCGGGUAGCUACAGGAACUUGGACUCAAAUGGCUUUGUUACCAACUCGUGAUAAUCCAGCAACAGUGCACAUGGAAGAAAAACCCCAUUAUACACCAGAGGAUGAGAAACUGGCCCAAAUGAUGGAAGCAAAGAAAAAUGUGAAAGGAUGGUAUAUUGCCCCUACUGGACAGGUAAUACUGCCAAUCAGAAUAAUGAAGACAGUACUUGAAGUUGAACAUGGUAAGUGCCAUUGGGGUGCAGAGGCUUUGGUAAAAUUUCUAAAACAUAAGAUUUUCUCAAAUCAGAUGUUAACACUAGCAAAAAGGGUGAAUGCAACCUGCCCGGCCUGCAUUAAGAAUAACCCUAUAGUUAGGAAACAGGUACAAAUGGGGAAACUUCAAAUUGGGCAACUUCCAGGGGAUUAUUGGCAAGUAGAUUUCUCAGAAUUACCAAAAGCUCAAACAUACAAGUACUUACUAGUGUACGUGUGUACUUUCUCAGGAUGGCCAGAAGCUUUCCCAUGUAGAACUAAUCAGGCAAAAGAAGUAGUGAAAACCCUCCUAAAAGAAAUCAUUCCGAGGUUUGGAGUACCGUUAGGAUUGUCCUCAGAUAGAGGGCCACAUUUCAUUGCAGGAGUUGUACAGGAUUUAGCCACAACAUUAGGAAUAAUAUGGAAUCUCCACACUCCAUGGAGACCACAAUCUAGUGGACAGGUAGAGAAAAUGAAUCAGACCUUGAAAAAUCAAUUAAAGAAAAUUUGUCAAGAAGCAAAAAUCCAGUGGCCCCAAGCAUUGCCGCUUGCUCUGUUAAGAAUUAGAAUUAAACCCAGAGAAAGAAUCGGAGUGAGCCCAUAUGAGAUCCUAUAUGGAAAACCAUACCAUGCAGCAACCUACCAGGGUGAUCCUCAUGUACUGGGAGACCAAAUUGUAUUUAACUAUAUUUUGUCUCUAAAUAAGACCCUUGCAGCACUCCGGGGAGCCUUACAGUGGAAUCGGCCCCUGCCUCUGGAAAAUCCAGUGCAUGACAUCUCUCCAGGAGACCAGGUCUACCUGAAGAAUUGGUCAGCAGAACCACUGAGAGAAUCAUGGGACGGGCCUCGCCAGGUGUUGAUGACAACCUACACAGCAGUCAAGGUCGAAGGCAUCGACAACUGGAUUCACUACACGAGGGUCAAGAAGGUUCCCAAGCUGUGGUCUGUGGAGCCCAUUGCACCGACCAAAAUGGUGUUCCGGCCAGUCAAAUAAAGACUGUAACACGAGCGAUAAUAUUGUUGUUAUUGAUAAAUACUACUGAUGCAUUUGUUAAAGUCAGUGUUUCUAAUUCCUCUUUCUUAGUACCCGAAGGUACAGCCGUCAAUCUGACCUGUUCCUUCUCUGACGACCAGGGAGCUGGAUUAGAAGAAGUGAGUGCUAGAUGGCGAAAGAUGGAUCAGGACCACAUUAUGAUGAAUGGUGUGACUACAGUAUGGAAUGUGACACAGCAAAAAGGCUAUACCGUCCUGCAGGUACCCAAUGUAACCUCUAAUGCAAAUGGUGUAUAUUCCUGCAUAGUAUGGAUUCGAAUGAGUUUUGAUUAUGGAUAUGUCAAAAUACAAACACUUAAUUUUACACACAAUGAAAGCACUACAGUGCAAUUACCACCCCCUCACAUGCAGUCUGCCAGAUGGAAUGAUCCUACCUCUAUUUAUGUAAAAACUGGGCGAGUGACCCGACAAACUCAUGCAUCACAAAUCUCGCAGGUCCCACAUAGAAAAAUCACACAAGAAAAUUUAGUAGUUGGAUUAAUUAGAGAUUUUGGGAGAGUUCAAAAUGUCUCCAAAAUUACUGCAUGCCUCCCGAUGCCUCAAUCAGCCGGAGAUCCAAUUCCAUGGGGAGUAAUACCAGUACCAGAAGUCCCUAAAAUGUUUAGAAAUACUACAUGGAAUUGUAAAUUUGUGACAACUACUUCGACUGAUCUAACACUUGCCUGUCUACUAACAAAAGUGAAAACUAAAAACCAAUGUAAAGAAAUGCCUGGUUUUUGGCAAUGGCUAAACAACCCAAUUGGUGAUCAAAUCAAAGGCAAUUGUGUAGUGUCACCCUCGGCUGUUAUCCUCAAUACACCGUGUAAAGCGGUUAAAGUUCCUAUCCUGCGAGAAAAACGUGAACAAGUGUGUCAAAAUAUUACUAGUUCCACUACAAUGACAGAAUGGCAAACAAUUUGGGGGCCGAGCCUCUUAGAAGUUUAUAGUUACAUUGGACAGGUACAAUGGUGCAUCCACUGGGUAGGUACCACAAAUCAGGAUUACUCCUUUUUACAUCCGAAACACAAACAGUGGCGAGAAAUAGUCUCACCCACAGGACUGUGGAAUUGCACUCGCAUUUACACAUGUGACACUCCCAAUAAUGACAUUAGCUUAGUCCCUGUAAGAAUGCUUUUACAAUUAGGCUGUGAGUGUCGUGGGUAUAAUCACUCUAUGACAGGUCACAACAAUUUACGUAGUCUCGACUGCCUAACUACCACGGUGGCAAGUCCAGGAAAUUUAGUCUGGGUAAUGGGACAUGGACAAUGGACCACUCACAUGCCCGUAGAUGGACCGGCGACACAAAUUACCUUGGGUGUUCCUACACUUUGCCCAUACUGGAAAUCAGGAAAAUUGACCACACUUGACAUGCAACCUAGGCAAAAGAGAGAUACAGAACAAGACUCUGAAAAUUGGCAUGACCCGUCAGACGGAGUUAAAUUUGGGUGGGCAAUGGAGUCUUUGUUCGCACCGAUAGCAUCAUAUCGCAAUAGAGAAAUGCUGUUUAAACUAAUGCGACAAACUGAAAGAUUAGCUGCAGUUACCAAGAAAGGUUUUCGUGAUAUGAAUGUUCAAUUACAAGCAACCACACGCAUGACCAUACAAAAUCGAAUGGCAUUAGAUUUAAUUCUAUUGAAACAACAUGGGGUUUGCGGUUACCUGCACGCACGGGAUGAGCACUGCUGUGUCCACAUCCCAAAUGUCACACAUGAAAUUGAAAAUGAUAUUUCUCAAUUAGAACAAAUUGAAGGAAACAUGCAUAAAUUACAACAAUAAAUUAGAACAUAAUUGGAUCGGCUUAUUAUUCAGCUCCCUCGGUCUUCAUAUGUCAGGAUGGCUGUCUUCCAUCAUUCAAUAUGUUUUAAUGUUUAGCAUAAUAAUUCUUGUUGCUUUAAUAAUAUAUAAGUGUCUCUUAAGAAUAAUCGCAAAAGAAGGACAACACACUCGGCAAGUUAUGAUGGCACUGACUCGUAAAGAAGUCCUUCUUCCGGAUGGUGAUUCUCCUCCCGAAGAAUCAUAAGCGACUACAGAAAGAUUUGAGCAUCCUUGCAAUUGAAGAUUGAAGAAUGCUCAAAAGGGGGGAGUUGUUGCAGUGUGGAGCAUAGGCCUGAAAAGACCCCUGCCAGAAACAAGUCAGGGCAUGUCAGAGCUAAGUUAGGACUGCUUAGACAUUAAGGCUGUGCUGACCAAAAAGAAACAAUAAGUCAAGUAGAACCGAGACAAGAAAAAUUUGCAAAUAGAGAUAGGAUGUAAUCUGGUGGUGGGAUUUAAUUAUACGAUGUUUACAGUUAGGUAAAUGGAUUAAUACUUGAAUAUAAUCAAAGUGAUAUGCAAGUUUAUGUUUAACUGCUAUGUCUCCUGUGAAAUGUAAAACCAAUCAUGUAACCUUGCUUGGAAAAUAGUAUAAAAGAUGCGUUCAAAAUGUGGGUCUUUGGGUACCUGUCUUGGGACAGGAGUCCACAGGGACCCCGGGCCCUGAAUAAAGCACCGCAUAAACUGACA